ACACUCCCCAAUAAACCCUGUCGUUCGGAGUACACCCCUCCCCAUGUCUUUUCGCAAUCCUCCCAGCAGCUCUCUUCGUCUCCGACCCCAGGCUGAAGACUCGAACGCUACGGAAAAGACUUCGCUCAAGUCGGAACAUUCUGAGGACCCCCGUACACAUCCCAAUACUAUCUCCCAAAAGCCGAAUACGAAUAUUCAUAGCGAGGAUAGAGCCCUGAGCUAUAGAAAUUCUAAUGAUCCAGCCCUCCUAGAUUCCUUGACCUUCAUACAAGGGAGACGACAACGACUCAGUCUAACCUUGAUCUUCCCAACCAUCCUUGUUGUCAUUGGAACGGCCGGGGUAGCGACUCUCUUUUUACUGUGUUUACUCCUCCACAAGACUCAAGCAAAUGAUGUCUGGCGUGAUCGUGCCUUUAUUGUCGAUGAAGGUACUAAGUUGGAAGGCGGGCGUGCAGCUGCUCGCUUGCUAGGCUUAACGAUAUCCUCCGCUGCUUCUGAGAUAGUCAGCAUCACGACACCUAUCCUGAUUGGCCUUUACGCAUUUCGUGUAGCUCGCGAUUGGCUCUCCUUGUCACGGAAGGAUGCUUUAGAAGAUGAUAGAUAUCUUCCCACUCCCCUGCAGUAUGGCCUGCUAGUUGGCCUUUUAGGUGGUGCAGGCCUCGGUGCUCUCAUGCAGGCUGGAAGCUACCUGACCCGCGGCCGUAGAAGACGAGUACAAACCAGCUCUAUGCUCAUUCAAUCCUUCCUUGUGACCCUUACAAUUUAUAUCCUCACACACGCCAUCAGCGGAGUAGACCUGUGGCUUCAUGCCUUGACCACUACCGUACUUCUGCCGACGAAAACCCCAGUUGAGACACCCUUUAAAUUCAGCAUUGGUCAGGACACUUGUCCUCCAUAUCCUGAUCCCUGGUACGAGGCAAUACAUCCAUGCCUCAUGAUGGAAGGCGGAUGGGGCCAAGGCGUGUCGUCUUUGACUCCCGGUAUGCUUGUCGCAUCGAACAGCUCGGAAAACGUGCAAAUUAUAACGCUUGCGGAAGCCGAUGAUCUCGCUGUCCUGGUCAAGCCAAAUGUCCAACAAUCUGUUGCCUUUCGCGCAACAACCUUUGGCGCGCGGGCUUCAUGCCAAUCUGUCAACGCCCUGUGUGUCCACGGCGAAGAAUUGGCACCCCAGAAUUGUACCGGUUUCCCGCCCUCCUUCCCUCCUGUCUCGAACGUGACCAACUCUGGUGGAUUACAAGAGGGAGAUUCCAAAGUAUUCAUCCAGUCUUCGAACUGUCCCCCGGAUGUAGCGUGCGAACAUAUCAGCACAGAUUUAAUCACGACCCUCGCCGCUGCACUCAACACUACAGUACCACCAGUGAACGCGUACUCUCUGUGGAUGCAAUUCUUAUGGGAAGCUGGAGGUGACCAGGUGUUUGGACGUUCACCGGAAGGCAAUGAUGCAGUUGAUAACUACAGUAACCUCGCCACCAUGCUCACCAAUUGAACAUUACGCUUCUAUAAUGUCACACUCGACUACAGGAACGGGAGUUACGUGCGUGUGGACGAAGAGUUGAGUGACGUCGGUCUCUCAGACGGGCUCGCUGCGCCGACAAGGCUCGGACACUACGCUUCCCAUCUCAUCUCCAACAUUCAGGGUCACGCAUUCACCGACAAUUCGACGGACAGGGUCAUAGCAUAUCUGCAGCAGGACUUAGCCAGACUAGCUCUCGGCUCUGCUGCAGUUAUCACCAAUCUUACGACAGACACUCUUUCCCAGAGCAACCUCGGCACCUCAAUUGUCGGACGUUAUCCCUUUUGGCCUGUCGUCAUUCUACUAAUUCUGUUGUACCUGCAUACUGCUGUCGCACUUCUCAUCUUCCUUCUGACAGUGAUCUUCACGCAUACAGACUUCGUAGCUUUAUCCGAUGCUGGAGAUGGAGACUCAAAUGGAAAGCCCGUGUCCACAUUGGAGUUGACACGAGCACGACUGAUGAACCCCGUCGCAUUGGCUGCAAUGCUCUUUCCUCCAAGUAACCCCGACGUGUCACGCGCUACCUUGUCUAUUGAGACCGACCCAUUGAACAUGUUCCAUGAACAAUCGGACCAUGAACGUUUGCGACCUGGCCUGCACUCUGCGGAAUCGAACGGCGGGACCGUCUUUGGUAUCUGGAGGAGGGAACCGAUGAGUCGCUCUGGCUCCAGGUUGGUCGAGACUCCGUGACACCCAUACGUGAAUGGGUUGUUCCAUCUUCGUCUAUUUAUUUCUGCAUGACUGUUGCUAACCCUCCCCUACGAAUUGUGUAUGUAUCCUUCCCAUUCUAACCCCUAACACUCCUCUACUGUAGUCUUCUUUUCGCGUGCUUUUAGCAGAAUAUUAUAUCAACGAUGCGCAUGACGAGUGAUAUUAACCCAUUUGUAGUUUGUACGGCUGAAUAUUAUAUGCUGUGUUACCUCUCAA